AUGAUUGGUUCUGUUGUGAAAGAUUACCUAAACAAAAAGAAAAAUAUUUUCAAGGAAUACAAAUUUGAUCAUGUUUUCAAACCUGAUAGCACUCAAGGACAAGUAUACGCUGAGGUCGCUGCUGACGUUGUCCAAUCGGUGGUCGAUGGGUACAAUUGUUGCAUUUUUGCUUAUGGUCAAACAGGUGCGGGGAAAACUUACACAAUGCAAGGUUCUGAUGAUACUCCGGAAAGUGAGGGUCAAUUCAUCGAAAUAUAUAAUGAUCAAAUCUAUGAUUUGCUUAUCUCACAUGGAGAAUCCAAAGAUGUGAAGAUAACACAUGACAUUGAAGAGGGUUCAACAAGGAUUGCUAAUGUGAAAACAGAUUGUGUUAAUCAAGUACUUAGAUUCGCAACAAAGAACCGAACUGUUGCUUCUACAAAAAUGAACGAUAAUUCUUCAAGAAGUCACAGCAUAUUUAUGAUUCAUAUCAAAGGUUCUAAUUCUGUUACAAAUGAGAAACUAUCGGGUUCCUUGAACCUUAUUGACCUGGCAGGUUCAGAGAAAAUAUCAGCUUACGAAUCAACUGGAGAUCUUCAAGUUGAAACGAUAAAUAUUAACAAGAGUCUCAGCAGUCUAAAAACAGUUAUACAAAACAUAAAGGAAAAUGCGAGCCAUAUCAAUUACCGUGACUCCACCUUGACCUAUGUUUUGAAGAAUUCAUUAGUUAAUAUUUCCCCGGUAAGAUCAUCUCAAGCGGAUACUGAAAACAGUUUAGAAUUUGGGCUUAUUGCAAAAGCAGCUCACAUCGGCAUCGCAAAAAAAGUAGUAUCAUUAUUGUCUCUUCCAAAGCUUGGAUUAAUACCAGAAAAGAAACAACUUACCGGAUAUUUUUUACACAUUACAGAUUUUCACCCUGAUGCUUAUUAUGAACCAAAUGCUAUAGUAAAAUCAAGAUGUCAUCAAAGAUUAUCAGAGCUUAAAAGACCUGUUUAUAUGAAAAAAGGUAUUUCUGGUCCUUGGGGUGCUGAAGCGACCAUAUGUGAUUCUCCGAUCAGUUUAAUUAAUGCCACUUUUGAGUGGUUGGAAAAAAAUUGGAAAAAUAAGUUGGAUUUUGUUAUUUGGACUGGUGAUAAUUCCAGACAUGAUAAUGAUAAUAAUAUUCCACGUACACCAAAAGAAAUGUAUGAUUCAAAUCGAUUCAUAACAAAUAAAUUUCUUGAAACUUUUACAAAAACUACAUAUACAAAAAAACAUCAUCCUCUUCUUAAAACUAUACCAAUAGUUCCUUCCAUUGGCAAUAAUGAUCUUAAUCCAAAUAAUAUUAUUCCUCGUGGCCCAAAUGACAUCCUCACAAAUCUUCACGAAACUUGGUCGCAAUUCAUACCAAAAGGUCAACAUCAAUAUUUCCUUAGAGGAGGAUAUUUCUAUACUGAAGUUAUACCUGGAAAACUCAUUGUUGUCUCUUUAAAUACCUUGUAUUUUUAUAAAUCAAAUACUGCCGUUAAUGGUUGUAAAGUUAGGACUCAACCUGGCACUAUUCAAUUUAGAUGGUUGAACAAAGUUCUUAAAAAAGCUAGAAAACAUGGGUUGAAGGUUUAUUUAACAGGCCAUAUUGCACCAAGAAGAAAUCAAUACAUACUAACAUGUUAUAAAAAAUAUGGAAAAUUGGCAAUUAAAUAUCAUGACCUUAUUCUGGGUCAUUAUUACGGACAUUCAAACAUGGAUCAUUUCUUUUUUAUUGGCUCUAAAAAUAAUUUGAAUAAUGGAAUUAUAAAAAAUAGUAGUGGUGAUUCAUCUAUUUUAUCACACAAAUCACAAACAACCAAUCAAUUGAAUUUCCAAUCAUCGCAAACAAAUAUUAAUGAUGAUGAAAACAAACAAUUUCAUACUAAAGUUUAUAAUGUUGACAACUCACCUGCACAUUCAAAUACAUUUCUAACCCCGUUAGGUUACACGCAAUAUUUCAUUAAUCUUACAGAAGCCAACCAAUAUCCAAAUAUCACACCAGAAUUUAAAAUCGAAUAUACUACUUGGGAUGAUUAUAAUAUGAAAGACUUAACUGUUCCAAGCUGGAUUCACUUGGCCAGAAAGGUUGCUAACCAUGGCCUAAAAGGUUCAAUAUGGGAAAAAAUUAGGGAACAUUUGAUGGUUGGUGCAAGGUCAAUAAUUGAGCAACGUAAAUCAAAAUGUAAUCAUUCUAGAUGCAUAUCUAAAGGUCCUGAAGAUUACAUUAUUAACGAUUUAAUAAUAUAA